AUGAAUCAUCUGAUGGAAAAUUCGUUCCUAAGUUAUGUCGAACUCAAGAAGGAAGCCAAGAACGACACAGAGUCUGAGAAUGACGUCGACAAAGGCGAUCUGCAUCAAAAAACCCUCUUUGGUUUCUUCGCGGAGAUUGAAGCCAUCAUCUCAUACACAUCUCCACAACCUAACGAACACCGCCAAGAUCCUCCGCGGCUUGAGAGACAUGAUGAGUCCAACAUCGUCUCCAUCUCGAGCAAGGCCAACGCUGUCAAAACCCUAAUUGACGCCAUCGAGACAGGACACGUGUUUCGAUCACAAAUACCCAGAACAAGUCAGAG